AUGGGUAUCAAACGUAAGUCUUCUGUUUCGCUUGCUUCCGCGUCUCUCCCGCAGGGUGCAUCUCUGCUCACCUCCGAACCGCCAGAACUCUACCAGGUGAUCGCCGAAAAUGCCCCUGACGCGAUCAAGUCUGGGGAUAUCAAGAAUCAUUUUGGCCGCAAGGUCGCGAUUAAACUCUAUCCUGGCGUACAACUAAUUCGCAACUCACAGGACGCAUCCAUGAGCAUUUACAGUUUUUUGAUUGCCGUACGUUCAGAUGGCCAGCAACUCAUGAGCGACGCGGGCGAAACGACCUCCCAUCUGAUGGGUAUGUUCUACCGCACCCUCCGGAUGGUCGACAAUGGAAUCAAGCCUCUCUACGUUUUCGAUGGCGCGCCUCCUAAGCUGAAAAGUGGCGAGCUUGCCAAGCGGACCGCCCGCAAGGCAGAGGCAACCGAAGCCCACGAGGAAGCCAGAGAAAUCGGGACCUCUGAAGAAGUCGAGAAGUUCUCGAGGCGGACCGUGCGUGUCACCAGGGAGCAUAAUGAAGAGUGUAAGAAGCUUCUGAAACUGAUGGGCAUCCCCUACAUCGAUGCUCCGACCGAGGCCGAAGCCCAGUGUGCGGUUCUGGCAAAGGCAGGCAAAGUCUAUGCGGCUGCGUCGGAAGAUAUGGACACGUUAUGUUUUGAGGCGCCUAUUCUGCUCCGGCAUCUUACUUUCAGUGAGCAGAGGAAGGAACCGAUCCAGGAAAUCCAUCUUAAGAAGGCGCUGGAAGGACUCGAUAUGGAUAGAGAACAGUUCAUUGAUCUCUGCAUCCUGCUCGGCUGCGACUACUUGGAGCCGAUUCCCAAGAUCGGUCCGAAUACUGCGUUAAAACUGAUCCGCGAGCAUGGCAGUCUUGAAAAGGUGGUGGAGUAUAUCGAAAACGAUCCCAAGAAGAAAUAUACGAUUCCAGAGGACUGGCCAUACAAGGAAGCACGCGAACUGUUUUUAAACCCAGAAGUGCGCGACGCCAAUGAUCCUGCGUGUGAAUUCAAGUGGGAAAGCCCCGACGUGGAAGGACUGGUGGAUUUCCUGGUCAAGGAGAAGGGGUUCAACGAAGACCGGGUCCGCAACGGGGCGGCUCGGCUGCAGAAGAACCUCAAAACGGCGCAGCAGUCGCGGCUGGAGGGCUUCUUUAAGCCGGUCGAAAAGACGGCGGAGGAGAAGGCCGAGCUGAAGCGGAAACACGAAGAAAAAAUAGAAGCGCAGAAGAAGCGCAAGAAGGAAGAGGCCAAAGCCAAGAAAGAAGCCAAGGCGCGGCCGCGAGGAGCUGUUUGA